UAAAACCCACCUCACUGAGCAUCACCACAAAAACCAGGCUUUGUUUCAGAACGUUGCUCUUUAACUUUAUCUGCUUCAUCUUCAGACCUGAACAUCUACGAGAAACACCAGCCAUGAAGACUCAAGUCGUUCUGCUGCUUAUCUGCAUGCUUUUCUCCAAAGCCAUGUCACUGAAUUGUUAUCAGUGUUUGCCGUCACUAACUGGCCCGUGUACCAAUGAACAGAUAACCUGUUCAGAUCAGUGUGCCUCUACAACUAUGUCUGUUUACACGGGUGAUACGAAGUUGCAAGAUGUCAGUGUGAAGACUUGCAGUGUUCAAGAGUUGUGUGUAAGUGGCAGCAUGAACCUGGGAAUAACAAAAGUAACCAACAAUGCCCAAUGCUGCAGCACUAAUCUGUGUAACAGUGUAACACUGCCAGCUCUUCCCAAACAGGUUUCCAACGGGAGGAUGUGUUAUACCUGUGACUCUAACGACUGCUCAAGAACAGUAAACUGUGAAGGAACUGAAGAUCGCUGCAUCUCUGCUUCAGUUAAACAAGGGGGCAACACCGUAUCCAUAAAAGGCUGUGUGUCCCGUGGCUUCUGUUCUGGUUCGGGAUCAACGAACGUUCCAGGAAUCGGGUCAACGAGUGUGCAGUGUUGUGAAGGGAAUCUGUGUAACGGUGCUGAGGCCUUCACACUGAGCUUCGUCCUCAUGAUCGUCCCUCUGAUCUCCUCCAUCCUCUUCUCCUGAGUUAUUGACAUAAAAUAGAAAUAGAAAUAUAAGAGUAGGUCAGAUUGUUUUUAUUUUGGAUUGCUUUUUGGAAAAAUUGUGAAAUUAAAAAAAAUAAGAAGAAUGCAGCAAAAUCUAGAUAAAUUAAUAGAGUUUGAAAUGUAAUAAACUUAAAAAAAAUUUAAUAUCCAUUUUUAUAUCUUUUGGUGAAAACUUGCAUUUUAUUGUGUGUUUUUAUUACUAUUUCUAUUUUAUUGCAAGAAAACUGCUUUUUGAUAUUCAUGGUCAUUACAUUUCUGUAAUAAAGUGAAAUUCAGCCUU